AUGGAGGUCUACAUCCCGUCCUUUCGCUACGAGGAGAGUGACCUGGAGCGGGGGUACACGGUGUUUAAGAUAGAAGUUCUAAUGAAUGGAAGAAAACAUUUUGUUGAAAAAAGGUACAGCGAAUUUCAUGCUCUGCACAAAAAGCUUAAGAAAUGCAUUAAAACUCCAGAAAUUCCUUCUAAACAUGUUCGGAACUGGGUCCCAAAAGUCUUAGAACAACGACGACAAGGUUUGGAAACAUAUUUACAGGCUGUCAUUCUGGAAAAUGAAGAACUUCCUAAACUGUUUCUUGAUUUCCUAAAUGUGCGACAUUUGCCCUCUCUACCAAAGACAGAGAGUUGUGGAUCUUUUGAUGAGACAGAAUCUGAAGAGUCAAGCAAACUGUCCCACCAGCCGGUGCUGCUGUUCCUCAGGGAUCCAUACGUCUUGCCUGCAGCCAGCGAUUUUCCAAAUGUGGUUAUUGAAGGAGUUCUCCAUGGGAUAUUUUACCCUCAUCUACAGCCCAGGUAG